GCGCUGCUGCGGGGAGCCGUCGCGGAGGAGCCCUCGGAGCCCGCCGCCCCAGCCGAGGCCGACGACAUCUCCAAGGAGGGCGCGUGCAAAGACGCGGCCGCCGAGCACUGCGCGAGCGUCACGGAAGGCCAAGGCGAGCUGGCGCGCUGCCUGCGCGACGCCAUCAAGGCAUCCCACGCCUUCAAGGCGCACGCCUCUGGGGAGGGCGCCAUCUCCAAGCUCUGCCAACACGAGGUCAGACACUUCUUCGUCAAGGUGAUGGGCCACGAGUCCCCGACGAAGGGCGGCUUCCCCUUCUGGGUGGAGCCGGUGAAGGGGCUGCGAAAGGCCUGCUCGGAGGACAUCAAGAGCUUCUGUGUCAAGGCGCGCGGACCAAAUCUCACGGCAUGCCUCAAGGAGCACAAAGCCGAGUUGUCCGCGCCGUGUUCGACCAAGGUCUUCGAGGUCCAGGAGCUGCAGGCGGAGGAUAUGCAGCUCGACAAGUUUUUCUACGAGGCUUGUCAGGCAGACUUGCAGAACAUCGAGCCGUGUACCAAGGUUCCCGCCCGCUUGCGCAAGGCCUGUCUAGCAGCGCCCAAGUAUCGUGAAAGUCUCACGGACAGGUGCAAAGAGGCUCUGUUUAAGAAGGAAGUAGAGGAGUCGGACGACAUCAGGCUCAGCCCAGAUGCAUUGAACGACUGCCAGGAGGCAAUCACGACAGUGUGCAAGGACGUCCCGUUCGGCGAGGCGAGGAUGCUCGAGUGCCUCUGGAACAAAGUCGUGGCGGACGAGGACGAGACCGGCACGUACGAAGCGUGCUCGGCAAAGGUUCUCCAGAUGGUCGGCAGGCAGGUGAGCCACUACAAGCUCGACUUCGGGGUGCGCACCAAGUGCGUGGCGGACGUUCAGGAGCACUGCUCAGCGGAGAAGGAGAAGGUGGACAAGCUGCCGAUCGGCAAGGCCAUCGGCCCAGACAGCGAGGUCGGCCCGGUCAUCCAGUGCCUGGAAAAGAACCUCAGGAGCCUCAAGCCCGAGUGCCACAAGGAGAUCUCCCGCGUGGUGCGGAUCCAGGCCCAGCGGGCGGACCUCGCCCCGCAGAUCCGCUCCGGCUGCCAGGCCGAGCUCCGCGACCUCUGCAAGGACGUGGCCCCGGGCGACCAGCACACGUGCCUGCGGAGCCACUUCCAGGACCUGGGGAAGGAGUGCCGUGCGGCGGAGAUGCGGCAGAGCAAGGUGGAGAUGGACGCGUUCGUCCUGAGGCCGAAGACCGGACAGGUCUGCAAGUACACCGCGGACAAGUUCUGCCCCGGCCUGGUCUGGGGCGAGAAGCUCAACUGCCUCCAGGACCACAUGUACCAGGAGUCCUUCGCCAGGGGCUGCAGGCACGCCAUCACCGCAGACUUGGAGGCGAACAACCACGACUGGCAGCUGAAAUACGGCGUCUCGAGCCAGUGCCAGGAGGACGUGCAGGCCCACUGCGGUGAGGCCUCGAAGACGUCUGGCACGGCCGUGCUCGAGUGCCUGGGCGAGGCGCACACUGCCGGCCACCUCAUCCUGGAUGGCCGGCGCCAUUCCGCCGACGGCUGUAGGAUCGAGGUUGGCCGCUACCUCAAGGGGGGCGCAGAGAACAUCCAGGUCCUGCCCGAGGCCCACCGGGCGUGCAAGGCGGACGUGGAGCAGUUCUGCAAGAAGACGCCCGCCGGCCGCGGCCGGGUGCACACAUGCCUGGUCCACCACAAGGAGGACCUGUCCGAGGAGUGCGCGGCGGCCGAGUUCAAGAACCAGGCGGCGAUGUCGAACGACAUCCGGAUGAGCCCAGAGGCGCAGGAGCGCUGUGGCCCGGUCAUGGAGAAGCUCUGCCCGGGCGUGGAGCCGGGCGGGGGCCGGAUGUGGGCCUGCCUCUUCAAGCAGAGGGCUUCGCCGGACAUGCCCAGGGAGUGCGUGGAGGUUCUCAGAGGGCACAAUAAGCUCAAGCAGAGGGAAUUCUUCCUGAACCCGAGCCUCGCCAAGCACUGUAACGCAGAGGCGCUGAGGCUGUGCCCGGAGCAGAUGGAGCAGGCCUCCCGGAAGGACUUCACCAGUAACGGCGGCGUCAUAACUUGCCUCAUCGAGAAGCGCAAGCAGAUCGAGGACCAGGAGUGUGGGAAUGCUGUCGACCGCAAGCAUGCGGAGCGCGUGGCGGAUGCCAGCCUGGAUCCCGACCACGAGGACGCGUGCAGAAAUGACAUCGAGCGGUUCUGCAAUGAGGCGAAGAAAUCAGCGCUGCACUCGAGGGGCACCAGCGGAGUGGUGCACAGGUGCCUGCAAGAGCACAUCGACGAUCUCUCGGAUGAUUGCGCCCAGAAGGAGAAACAGUAUAUGGUCGCCGCAUCGGAGAAUACUCGGCUAAACCUCGAGGUCGAUCAACAUUGCAAGCAGGCGAAGACACGAUGGUGCGAAGGCACACCUGACGAAGAAGGUAGUCUGACCAUGUGCUUGUUGCAGCACAUGCACGACGACAACAUGGAACCUCCUUGCCGUACUGCGCUGGAGGGCGAGCAGAAGAAGGCAGCCAGCUCGCUCCGGUACAAUCCGCAGCUCAGGAAGAUGUGCUCUAGCGAGUUGACGAGGUUCAGAAAGGAGGGCAAGUGUUCCAAGAAAGGGAAAAAGGGUGGGUGGGUAGACUGUAUCCAGCUACAACGUGGAGGACGUCCACGACCCGGACUGCAGGGGAGCCGUGCUCAAGGUGAUGCAGCUGCACAGCGCAGACCUCCGCGCCAAGCCGGGGAUGCACGAGGCCUGCAAAGAGGAUCUGGAGAGGCUGUGCUCCAAGAUGGCGCCGGGCGCGGGCCGUCUGCACCAGUGCCUGCGGGAGAGGUUCGACGACAUCCGGAGCCAGGAGUGCAAGACACUAGUGCGGACGGUCCAGAAGGCCGACAACAAGAGUGCCACCCUGAACUUCGCCACCCGGAAGCACUGCCAAAAGGAGGUAAGGACCUUCUGCUCGGACGUGCAGUCGGGGGAGUCCAGGAUCAUGACGUGUCUAGGGCUCCACAUGAACGAGACAGGGUUCGGUGA